AGUUCGUGAACAACUGCCCUAUUUUGCUAGAUCACCUCGAAAAUCCAGCCGCCAUCAUUAUGAUCAAGCAGAAGAUUCACAAGAAAUACCUCGACAAAUCGCUACUGAACAACCUGCUGAUUGCCAAAUUCGGGGCUGGCGGGUUCCAAGUUGAGGUCGAGUCUGAAGUUUACAUUCUCGCAGUCCCUCAAGAGCUGACCGAGGCCGAGAUCGAAACCUGCCGCACAAGGUCCUGAGAGCGCUAGCCCACUCGAAACCGGAUCCUCGCUCGAUGGACUCGAUUGAAGACCGCAUUAUUGGGUUGCAGACCAAGAAUUUCGAAUCUGCGUACUUUGUGCCGGCUGAAGAUAUCGAAGAAUUGCUUACCGAGUCUACCGUUCGCGACUUGGUAAAACAAUGUGGCAUUGAAGUGCAGCAUCAAGAGGAAACGAUUUCGAUCAUAAUAUCCGGGGCUCGAAAGAUAUUUGCUAUUUUGAUAUUGAUUCACAAUGAGGUGUUGAUACGGAAGUUCGUUGAGCAUGAUCAAUUUCAGAUCGAGAAGCUUGAUGCAAAACUGCCCUUAUCUGAACCGGGUACGGGCUCCUUUAAGGACGAUGCUGCAACUAUAAUUUUUUUUCGCAAAAUCAAAAUUACGAUAUUUUAAAAAUGUGCUAUUAUUAAUAGUCUAGCUAAUUUCUAUGGUAGAAUACAAUUAAAACAGUCGAUCUAUAUGGUGUUUUAUCG